CACUGGGAUUACUGGCGUUCUGGAUUAUCACCACUUCAACUGCUGCUGAUUUCACAUUAUAAACAGGACAAUUAGAGGAGCUACGACUCAAAGUGAAAGUAAAUCUUUUAACUUUCUUGACAGACCAACUCCCUUGUUUGUGUGCUGUGUUUUCAGCUUCACUCAGAGAGAAAAUGGCUUCCAGAUCAGAGGAGGAUCUCACUUGUCCUAUUUGUCAGGAGAUCUUUAAGAACCCUGUUGUUCUGUCGUGUAGCCACAGCUUCUGUAAAGACUGUUUGCAGGAAUGGUGGACAGAGAAACCGAUACAUGAGUGUCCAGUUUGUAAGAGAAAAUCGUCAAAGGAUGAACCACCUCGUAACCUGGCGUUAAAGAACCUGUGUGAGGCGUUCUUACUGGAGAGAGAUCAGAGAGCUUCAGAGCCUCUCUGCAGUCUGCACUCUGAGAAACUCAAAGUCUUCUGUCUGGACCAUCAGCAGCCAGUUUGUCUCGUCUGCAGAGACUCAAAGACACACAACAACCACAGAUUCAGACCCAUCGAUGAAGCUGCACAGGAUCACAAAGAGGAGCUCCAGAAAUCCCUGAAGCCCUUACAGGAGAAACUGAAGCUCUGUGGACAAGUUAAAGGAAACUGUGAUCAAACAGCAGAACACAUUAAGGUCCAGGCCCGACACACAGAGAGGCAGAUUAAGGAGCAGUUUAAGAAGCUUCACCAGUUUCUACAAGAGGAAGAGGAGGCCAGGAUCUCUGCUCUGAGGGAGGAAGAGGAGCAGAAGAGUCAGAUGAUGAAGGAGAAGAUUGAUGCUCUGAGCAGAGAGAUAGCAGCUCUUUCAGACACAAUCAGAGCCACAGAGGAGGAGCUAAGAGCUGAACACGUCUCAUUCCUGCAGAACUACAAGGCUGCAGUGGAAAGAGUCCAGCAGCGCCUCCUGCUGGAGGAUCCACAGCUGCUCUCAGGAGCUCUGAUAGAUGUGGCCAAACACCUGGGCAACCUGGCCUUCAACAUCUGGAACAAGAUGAAGGAGAUGGUCUCCUACACUCCUCUGAUUCUGGAUCCAAACACUGCUCAUCCAGUAUACAUCCUGUCUGAAGAUCUGACCAGCGUGAGAUUUGGAGAGAAACAGAAACUUCCUGACAAUCCAGAGAGGUUUAAUUACCACCCCGCUGUCCUGAGCUCUGAGGGCUUUAACUCUGGGACUCACAGCUGGGACGUUGAGGUUACACCUGAUAAAGUCUGGGCCAUAGGUGUGAUGAAGGAGUCUGUCUGGAGAAAGGGUAAAAUACCAACUGGCUUCUGGGAGAUUUACUUCUUUGAUGGAAAAUACACAGCAGCCUCCCCACCACACUUUAAAAAAGUCCUCUCAGUGACGAAGAGGCCACAGAGGAUCAGAGUUCAUCUGGACUUUGACAAAGGAAAACUGUCAUUCUUUGAUUCUGAUACAAACACACACAUACACACCUUCACACACACUUUCACUGAGAGACUGUUUCCACAUAUUGUCACUGAGAAUAAACUCUCAAUGAAGAUAUUACCAGAGACGGUCUCUGUCACAGUGGGACAGCACACAGUCCCUUCAUCAAGCUCAUGGCGUUGGUUUUAG